AUCAUGAACUACCUGCGUCGACGACUCUCGGACAGCAAUUUCAUGUCCAACCUGCCCAAUGGCUACAUGACCGAUCUCCAACGCCCCGACCCGCCGCAGCAAAGCCCCGCAGUGUCGCCGGGGCCGGCGGAGAGGCGCCAGUCCACGAGCCAGCCGCAGCCCGCAGGUGGAGGCUCCGGCUUCUUCUCAUCCAUAUCCAAUGCUGUCAAACAGACUACGGCAGCCGCGGCUGCGACCUUAUCCGAGGCGGCCGACCGGGCAGGAGUCUCCAGCAGUGCCAAGAUCCUCCUGGUUAUCGACGACCAGCAGACCGACUGGGUGAAGGUCUUCAGAGGAAGAAAGGUCCACGGUGAAUUUGACAUCAAGGUAGAACAGGCAGAGUUCUCUGAAAUCAACCUGGUGGCCAAUUCCACAGGCACCUACAAUGUGGACGUCGAUGCAAUCAGGAACGGGCAUAAGGUCACUAAAUCCUUUAAGCCAGACUUUGUGCUGAUCAGACAGCAUGCCUUCAGCAUGGACAAGAACGGAGACCACCGGAACAUGGUGAUCGGGCUGCAGUACGCCGGACUGCCAAGUGUUAACUCUUUGCACUCUGUCUACAAUUUCUGUGACAAACCAUGGGUGUUUGCUCAGAUGUCUAGACUCUACAAGCAACUGGGCCCAGAGGAAUUCCCACUGAUUGAACAGGUUUACUAUCCAAACCACAAGGAAAUGAUCACCUCCCCUCGGUUCCCUGUCGUGGUAAAGAUGGGCCAUGCUCACUCAGGAAUGGGAAAGGUGAAAGUGGACAAUCAAUAUGAUUUUCAAGAUAUUGCCAGCGUCGUGGCACUGACCAAGACUUACGCCACAUCUGAGCCAUUCAUCGACGCCAAGUACGACGUCCGCAUCCAGAAGAUCGGUGACAAUUACAAAGCUUACAUGAGAACAUCAAUUUCUGGGAACUGGAAAACCAACACUGGCUCAUCUAUGCUGGAACAGGUGGCCAUGUCAGACAAGUACAGAAUGUGGGUGGACUCGUGCGCUGACAUCUUUGGAGGGCUGGAUAUCUGUGCUGUGGAGGCUCUACAUGGCAAAGAUGGCAAGGACUACAUCAUAGAGGUCGAUGACUGUUCAAUGCCGCUGAUUGGGGACCAGCAGGACGAGGAUCGCGUUCAGAUCGCAGACUUGGUGAUUUCUAAGAUGAACCAGGCUGUUCCACACACAUCAAGCUCUUCCACAGUCCGUUCAGCAGCAGGACAGCCAGCACAGAAAGCAGUGUCUCCUCAGCCUGUCUCACAGCCCAGAGUCCCACAGCCUCAGCAGCGCCCCUCACCUCAGGGUGGUCCUCAGCAAAGUCCCCCACCCCAGCAGCGCCCACAGCCUCAAGGUCAACCUCCUGCACAGGCCCAGCAAUCUGCUGCCAGCCCUGCUACGGGUGACCCCAGUGCCCAGACUAAGGCCAACCAAGGACCUGCAGCCCAGCCACGGGCACCAGGUCAGGGAGCUCCUCAAGGCCAGAGACCUUCUUCUGGUCAGGGCUCUCCUCAGCGAAGCCAGGGAGGUUCACCUCAAGCCCAGAGGCAACAGUCUGUCUCCCAGCAGCAGCAGAAACCAGGAGGCCCCGGCCAGAAACCCCCAACAGGUCAACCCCAGCAGCAGAGGCCCGCACAGCCCCCUAGGCAGCAGUCGCAGGGGGGCUCACAGCAACAGAGGGCUCCUGGCCAGCAAGGUCGCCCUGGGGCAGCCACCACCCAGCAGCCCCGACCUGCCGCUCAAGGCCACGGGGGCCCAGGAGGACGACCCCCACUGCAGCAAAAGCCUCAGCCCCCUCAAAAGCCCAGUCAGGACAACCCGGCUAUGGGCGGCUCUCCACAACUAAACAAGUCCCAGUCUCUUACCAAUACCUUCAACAUUCCAGAAACCCCAGCGCCGCGAGCCAGCCUUAGCCAGGAUGAGGUGAAGGCUGAAACCAUACGCAAUCUACGCAAAUCUUUUGCCAGUCUCUUCUCAGACUGA